CCUAGAUACUCGUGAUGAUGCAUUGAAACGCAACAGAGUCACAGCUCUAUAUACGAGACACGGUACUACGAACACCCUUCCCGGACGGUCUUCAUCAAGCACUUCCCACUGGCUUUUUUACAGUAUGGCCGCUGACAACCACAACGUCUCCUUUUGCACAGGCGCUGCUAUAUCCCACUCCCAACCCGUCUUUACCAUUCUUAUAUAUUAUAUGCUCAUCUGGUUUGAUAUUGCUCCUACCAACAGUCUUGGUAAUUCCCUUCAAUGACCAAGUCUCAGUGCUGUAUUGCACUGAAUUGUUUCACGAAACUCGCCCACAUACGCAGCUCUCAUCUGGACCAGAAUUUUUAGGAAUUCCAUCUGUCAACUCGAUCGGUGAAAGAUCAUACCUCCCGUGGAUGCAGGGGACUAGGUACAGCAUUUAAGUGCAGACCUUCAUCCCCCGUUUAAUUAGAUUCGCCAGGCUCUUAUAUUUUGUUAUCAAGAAAAAUGCUACAGUGCACUAGUCCUGCAGAUUCUACCGAAGGACGUCCGGGUCCCACGUCAGAAUCCUCUCAAACUAGCAUAGGCAACAGAGGCCCCUCGUAUUAUCCCCACCCUGUUUUACACCGUACAGCUGCCAGUCAAUCGAUGCGGAGGUCUCCUGGACUGGAGCCCGAAGAAGAAAACUCGACAGCGUCGGAGGCUUCUGGUCAGGGAGAUAGCGUCCUGGUAUUCGGGAAUCCUGGGACCGCCAAUAAGGCUCCAGAAGAACUCGAUAGUGUGAACUGGUCUCAGUCAACAUCAUCCAGCAGAACAUCCCCCGAGUAUACUGUUCACAGUCUAGCCGAUUCCUCCAAAAAGGCCGGCACUGGUGACUCUUACUUAUUGAAGGUUCCUGUGAGCCCAACGAGGGAUAUCGCUUUCAACAAACCGGCACAGGGCUGUACCCCCCCGACAGAUCACAAUGGAACACGGCCGGAUAACUACAGCAUACAGAACCCGGCUCCAGGAUUUGCAGAACAACCAGCCGAUAUUGCCACUCAGCAAAAAGGUUUUACUCACGAAGGGUCUACUUUUGAAACAGAAAGUGCUAGGCCUUUUGCUAUUGACAGCUCGACUGGCUAUAUUUCAAAACCGACAAAUCGAGCUUCUAGCGGACUCGGAUUUGUAGGUCGAGAGAGAUCACCUUCGCCAACUAAUAGAGAAAGAGUACAUGGGAAGCAACAGCAGAGUUCUUCCCAGAAGGCAAUGCUGUCGAAAGCGCUGCAGAAAGCAAAUACCGCGGUACUGCUUGACAAUGCAGCGAAUUUUGAAGGUGCAAUGAAGGCAUACGAUGAUGCUUGCCAAUUAUUGCAGCUAGUACUGCUGAGUAGCAACGGGAGCCAUGACGAGAAGCUAAAGCUGCAGGAGAUUUGUGACACAUACACGAUCAGAAUUACUGAGCUUCGGCGAUUGGAUACUUUAUUCCAGCAAAAUGACAUGAAGGCCCUCCCUGCACGUCCUUCCAGUGAGGAGGAGCCUCUGGAUGAUCUGCUUCUGCCACUUAGUGGUGAGGAUGAAGAAUUCCUCAGAGAGGACGUGCGCUCUCCAAGAAAUGAUGACGAUUUAAGGGGGAUCAAAUAUGAUGAACUGAAGACAUUAGCCCCAGAGAAGAUUCCUCCACGGCGUCAAUCGUUACUACAUCCUGCAGUUGACACUACUAAUAUGCCGGGGUUUGAGCAAAAGCGUCCCAACGCUAUGUGUAAAUCAUCCUGGCAGGUGUCUCAAAUCGCUCGUGGGGAUGAACGCCUUCUACCUGCUCUUUCCCCACGGAAGCCGCAGCCUCAUGAUGUGUUGAAUGUGGAAGGAUAUUCUUCGAAUUCUUCGCAUUUCCCCCUGCUAGACACAGGCUCGAUGGAGGCUAACGGCGAGUCAACCUCGUGGCUCGACACUAUUGAUGAAUCUGGCGCAUCUUCGCCCUCCACACACUCCAAGAUGUCGUCCGUGUAUCUACGACGAAAAAGAAGUCGUUCCCUCAGUUAUGGCACAGAGGCCGAAUUCGACGCCGCCUUAGACGCCGCAGUUGAAGCCGCUUAUGAUGAAGGUCUUGAGCCAGAAAUGGAGGAGAAUAGCAAUGUCGAUGGUGAUGCUAUUUCGAACUCUCUAGCCAACCUUGAAUUAGAAAAGCCUAAAGUACCCGAGGCAAGACGAGAAGCGGACAUAGGGAUAACCGGAAAUCGACAGAUGCCGCAUAUUCAAAACCAGGGUAGGGUCGGAUACUCCAGUGACCCUCAAUUGGAUUAUCUCGAUGAAGAAUCAGAAGAAGAGGAGCGCCUGUUGGAAGAAAUGACAAGAGACAUCGUCAUGGAUGGCUUUGAAUUUGGCCUACAGUCUAAGUCGACCCAAGCUAAGCAGCCAGGGUCAAAGGAAAUUUCUGAAGUAUGGAAAGAACCUGCUAGAUGCCAUGCGAUUCAAACGAGGGCAAUGGUCUCUUCACUCGCUGAAAAUGCUUCACCGCUGCCAAAAAUAUCGUCCGAACCUGAACUCUUACCCAAUUCCCUUCCUGCCUCAACACCGAUUCCGCUGUUAGGCGGCCAAAGUGUGCGAUCACGAAGAUUGUCAGGUCGACUGCCACAGGAGCUGAAAAUAGAAACAAGCACUCGUAUUGAUCCGGUCCCGGACUCCUCGGGGCCAGAGGCGUCAUCAUUUCAACUGCUUAAGCCGCAGCCACAUCCUAGCGACAAGUCCCAAAUGAGUUUGGGCAUUUCCCUGGGUAAUCAUUCGACCUCUGGCUCAGCCUUGCCAUCUCCCUCGGCCCACCCGAACAACAAAGGUGACUCUGCCAACUUCCCGGUUGAGGACUUAUCGGCCAAUGUAAACGUCACUAACCUCACGAGUCUUAUUCAAGAUGGUGAUGACUCUGGAUUAUCGAAUAACCAGUCAUCUUCGCGCUCAAUUGACAAAGUGCAUUUAGCAUCAAAUGGCUGGGAUACGAAUAGUUCCAGUCUGAGACUAUUGCAGUCGAGAAACAUAUCCGUUUCCACCCCCGAUCCUCCUAACUAUCCCGGUACACCUUCCAGCGCUGCGUUCCCUAAUUUCGAUCUCCAUAAGAGUGUAGGUACCGGCACCGUUCACGCUCCCCAAACCCAGACUGGCGCAGCUUCGACUCCGAAUGGUUUACCAACCGGUGGCUUAUAUCUCUUCGAUAGCGAUAUUCACUCGGCGACUAGCCCAGGAUGUCCGAAUCCGAUGGCAAAUAAUGGUCCCAUGCCCCUAGAGCCGUGUCCCGAGUCGUUCCUUCUUCGGCCUUUCUGGCUUUUGAGAUGCCUUUAUCAGACAAUUGCUCACCCUUGUGGCGGCUAUCUGUCGACGAGAUUGUUCGUUCCGCGGGACGCUUGGCAUGUCAAAAAUGUCAAAAUAAAAGCAAUAGAGGAAAAGGUGUCAAACUGUGACUUGUUGACAGCCGCGUUGCUAAAGUUGGCUCAGGUAGACACCUACGAUGCCGACGCUGUAUUGGAUGAGAUGCAGUCAUUAGAAGGAAUCCUGGACCAGGUACAGGCCUCUUUAUCGAAGAAACUAGGGAACGAGGUUGGAUUACAAGGAGCCAUGUCUCUUUUCAAAUUGGCUCCCACCUCGGAGGAUGCUACUGGUAUUCCAGAUAAUCUUCCUUCCAAGAGUUCAGGCGGGCAGGGUAAAUCAUAUUUGUCGUCAUGGCGCAAGUUGCGAUCGAAAAAUUCAGGACUUGUUACAGCAGCCAUACCGUCCCAGAGUAGUAAAGACCAGCUAACCAUCAACUCCCUUCCCAUGACUUCAGCCCCCAGUUUCCGGUUUACCAAACGCACAGUAACACAGCUUCAUUUUGAUGGACCGAACGCAAAUUACAUGGGGGCAUUGGCGCGGCUUUGUGAUGCUGCUCAAGUAGUAGAUCAAAUUGCGCGGCAAGUGGAAGACCCAGGGCUAAGGCAUUCCUCACAAACUCUUGUUGGCCUAGAACUUAGUACACGUCAUGCUGCGGAGUUCUUUGGUUUUUAUGUAUGCCGCUUUGUUUUGAAUGAUAUUGGUAUGAUGCUCGAUAAAUUUAUGAAACGAGGCAGUGAGUGGGUUCUUGUUUGAUGUCACGAUGACUGAAGCGCACUGUUUGUUUCUUUUUUUUGGUCUCACGAGAUACCAUGAAGUUUCUGGCAUAUGCCAUGGGAGUUUGCAUAGUAUAUAUACUCUGAAAAAUAAUUAUUAAGUCUCUUGUGGUAUAUUGUCUGCUGGAAAGCUUCUA